CUCUAGAUCUCCUAUACAAUACGGAGUACUACGUAGCCUUUCCACUGACUUUCCGGAGGACGGUCCGCGGAGGCCAAAUAGAAGAUUGGCGUACCUAUUCUCUCGACAGAUUAUUUCCCGAUCUAAACUUCCCCAAUUGCCACAAAAGUCAAUCAACCAACCCUCAUCUGAACUAUCCUCGAUAUCCAUAGCUCGGACGACGCUUUCAACUUUACUAUUGAGUAGCUGUGUACCCUACAGUCAGCAAAAUGUUUCCGGCGCCAGAGUCUUCUCUGGAUGGUUCGGAGUCUCUCUCAGAACAACGGCUUGCUACACUCCUCACAAGCCGCAAAAGAAAGAUAACCAACUAUGGCGACUUAGGCGACGAGGAAGAAGACUGGGACCACGUUUCACCAAAGAAGAAGCUAAAGAAUGAGCUUGAAGGCGGCGGAGUACAACCAACAGUAACACCCAAGAGCAGGAGGAAGAAAAAGUCAAUGGAUGCAGACUGCGAGAUAAAGCAGGAAGAGAAGAGGCUCAGGCGGUUUCGCCAACAUCCACCGCAGUCUUACCUACAAGUUAAAGAGCGGGCACUGACGCAGCGACUCAUCAUUCAAAGUCGUGAGCGAUGCGGAACGGAUGAGGUACCAGAAGAGAAGGUAACGAUCGUCGGCACGACCGGCAACUUGUACACUGUAAAAGUAUCUCAAGUGCCCUCCUGCAACUGUCCGCAUGCCCGCAAGGGGAAUCAGUGCAAGCACAUCAUCUAUGUCAUGCUUCGCGUGUUGAAAGCCCCAGAGCACAUAGCAUACCAGCUAGCCUUGACAUCGUCCGAAUUACGCGACUUGUUCAAGCGAGCCCCACCGAUUCCGGAUGCCGAAAACGACGGGGAUGAUGCUAAUGGUAACCGCAAGCCUAUUGAGGGUGACUGCCCUAUCUGCUGCACUGAACUCGAGCCAACCAAAGAGGCACUCGUAUACUGUAAACAAUCUUGCGGCCACAAUUUCCAUAAGAGUUGCAUGUCUCAAUGGAUCAAGACCAAGGCCGGCAAGGGAACAUGUCCUUACUGCCGUGCGACCUGGGAAGAGACCGACAUUGAUGCGAGAAAAGUGGAUAUCAAAGCCGUACCGGUGAAUGAGGAGGGGUACAUCAAUGUGGCGUCUCAGCUGGGACUGUCUGGGGAGAGAGAUGUGUCUACCUACCAUCAGUACUGGGUCAGGACACAUUAUCGGCGUCAACAGCGAUGGUAUGGCGGGGACGAUUGAGUAUAUCCCAUGUCCUAAGAGCACAUUUUCCUGCGAUGUGUCUCGAAGCUCAGUCUCACGGCCAUCUUCUGACCGUUGUUCUCUUUAUUCUCUUUUUUUCGUCGAGCAGUGGGUGGCUGAUCUCCUGUCUAUUCAUUUGGUUUUUCUCGAUACCCAAGGCUCCUUUCGUUAUACACUUCCAUGACUUCUAGGCCGCCACGGUUACGACAGGAUAGUCUGGCGGGGCACUGCGUGCUGGCGGCACAAACACAGGCCACGGGAUCUCAGGCGAUAAUGCGUUUUUUCUAUACAUGACCUCUACUCUGUGACUAUGUGUCAAUCCAUGCAUCUUCUC